AUGGCUUGUCUAAAAUGUGAUCGCUUUUUUCAGGAUAAAGAUGUCUUUGAACAGCACAUGUUUAGCCACGAAAAUAAGUACAUAUUUGAAUGUCCUCAUUGCCCAAAGACAUAUACAAAUCGCAGUAGCCUAACAAGUCAUAUGGAUAUUUACCAUAAUCAUCAAAUGAAACCUUUACAAUGUGAUCAUUGUUAUAAGAUAUUCGUUAAUCAAGCCAGCUAUCGCAGUCACAUAAAAGCCCAUAUGCCCGAGGCGAAAAUAACAGCCUUUAUAUGUUUGGAAUGUGGUUUGAUGUCAAAUAAUGAGGAAUUUAUUCAGAAUCACAUUGAUAAUGAAGUUACGACGAUCUCUCCGGAUACUCCCGGUGAAAUGCUUGAAAAAAUUGUCUCUGUUGCCUACACCUGUGAAUGUUGUUCAUUGGAUUACUUUUCACAGAAACAUUUACAAAAACAUCGUGGCUCUCCCAAGCAUAAUGAUAAUCUCUAUUAUUGUCCGAUAUGCCGUAAAACUUUCAAAACUUUAAAACAUAUGCGUAAUCAUAUGACCAAACAUAAAGAUUAUGAUGAAUGGUUGAAUGAAUUUCCAAUAGCUAGAUUUUAUAUGUGUAAUAUUGGUGAUUGUAUGGAUGCCUAUCCGCUUUGGUCAUCUCUGUAUUAUCACAAAAAAAGGCAUAAGAACAAUGACACGUCGAACAAAAAAUAUCCAUGUCAAUUUUGUGAAAAAGUGUGUGAAACAAAAAUGUCCUUGGCCGUGCACAUUGCAAGGGUUCAUAAUAAUAAUAACAUUAAAUGCCAACAUUGCAAAAAAUCCUAUAAAAAUGAAAAGGACCUAAAACACCAUCUGGAACGUAUGCAUGUUACGAUGCAAUGCAGCAAAUGUGACAAGGUGUUUAAAAAUCAACGUAACUUAAUUUCACACGAACAACUUGUCCACGAAAACAUGAAACGUUAUUUUUGCAGCCAUUGUGAAAAGGGUUACUAUUAUCAGAGUGAACUGAAAGCUCAUGAGAAAAAUGUAAGUAGAAAAUAUGACGCUGACGGGGAAAAACCAACAACAAAUCGAUAA